AUGUAUGUAGUAAGACCAGCCGAGUCUGGCGUGAACAGAGGCGACCAGUUCCUGAAUGGAGCGGUGGUGGUGGCGACCCAGCUCCUGAAUAGAGCGGUGGUGGUGGAGACCCGGAUCCAGGAGGCGGCGGUGGCGGACACCCUGUUCCAGGCGGCGGCGGCGGCAGAGAUAGGGAGGAGAGGACGGCGCUCUUCUUGGUGUGGAUCUCGGAUCUUGAGGGACAGGUCAGGGCUAGCCAUGUUUGGGAUUUCUGGUUGUUGUGGUGUUUGGGGCUUUGGGCUAUGGGCGAUGGGCACUCCUUUCAGAGGCUAUAUAUGGGAAAAUGAGGAAGCCUCUCAAAGAGGAAUGAUGGUGAUGAGAGACGAUGGAGACCAAGGGUUUGCAUACCCUAAACUGCAAAGAAUGUAA